AUGGAUAAGAAGAGGAAUACGAAGAAAAUUUGGAGGUUACGAAGGGAUUUAAUGAUUGGAUAUGGAGGAAUGGCUGGUUGUGCGGUGGCUGUGCUGCUGGUGACUGUUACCCUGGUUAAGCAGGAGUGGAGGCACAUCCAAUCACUCACCUUCCUAUGCACCUUCAUGUCCGACUUGUUCUUUUGUCUCUUCUCAAUGAAUCUUCUACAAGAAUACAAAAUAAAAAAUGGAAAACAUCUGAAAGCAAUUAUUCUCCGACUGAUUAUUCUAUUUCUUCACGCUGUUCUAGCUGGAAUCCUACUAACUUUUGUCCAUUCAAUUGAUAGGUUCGAAAAUGUCAAGUUUUCUAUUCGAGGCCAUGCCAUUGUCUUCUCAGUAUGCACUGCAGAGCUAGCAGUGGUUGGUAUGGAUUGGGUGGUAUUGAAGGAUGCUGAAUGUCAGAAGAAUGUGGAAUUGGUGAAUAGAUCAUGUCUUCGAAGCAAGUCGCCGUCGUCAGAAACCACUAACACAGACUCUGAUUUCGCUUCCGAUUCUGAAAAACUGGAAAUCAGUACGGUCUGA